AUGUUCAUAGAGCGUUGGGCUAUAGGCCGAGGUCAACAUACGCACGAAUUUUUCCAAGACCUGAAGCCAGCUCUGCAGCUAGUCUCCAUGCUGUUCACUGAACAAUAUCCCUUGCUUUGGUUCAGCCAUCUGACCUUCGGCGAGCGCCGUCGUAGCUCUUCGGGCGUGUACAUCGCACCAACGCCAUAUUCUACUUCUCCUGAAGCAGUUGCUAGGGUGAGAUCGAACUUACGAGAACUUGGCAAAGUAAUCACUUUCAUGUGGAGUCCUCCCAACUGGAACAUAUCCGCUUGGGGUCUUACUUACUCCAAUAGAGACGACGAACCUAGGUUCUGCGAGUUUCGAGACGAAGAUUGGCCACCGAUCCGUUCUCGCACCGGAUAUGCCUGCCCGGUCAUUGUGAUGAAAGACUGCUUUCAGGUAUAUUUUCGAAAUUCCAAUGCGGCUAAUUCGACCGUUAACGAGCGAUAUAGGGCCUUGCUCACCUUUGCUGUAACUCUUGGCCACGAAGUUGCGCAUGCUUACGAGUUCUGGCUUGGUGGUCGUGGCGGUGAACCACUAUGGUCCAAGAGCGAUAAACAUGCUGAAUUGGGGUUUUCAUGGGAAAAGAGUGUCAUCGGCCGUGUCCUUAACCCGACGAAUAGCGCUACGGAUGAUAAGGGCCGUUUCCGUACUCUGUGCUCCGUUCAAUUGGAGGAAUACGGUACAGAGGCUGAGCGAAAUAAGCUACUCGAUGAGUUCGAGGGCCGUACGAGCGCCCAGUUCACAUCGCGGGAUGUGGCUGGACGCCAUCGCAACUGGCCACUCUUGGAUCCACGCGAGUUUCGCGGUGCAAAAUGGUAUCUUAGCCCCAAUGCGACAGCUAUCGUGGCCAGCAUUCAUGCUAUUCCCUCCCAGUGGGUUUGCGAUUGGUUUCAGAAGGAUGUCUUGUUGCGUCGAAAGAUGGAGUGGGCGCAGCGGCAAGCUUAUAAGCCGCCCCCGCUAGAGGAUGCUUUCAUGAUCAUCUACGAGAGGAACGCACACGGGGCGCAGAUCCAGCGACCACUCGAUCCCUUCUUCCCAGUUGAUAGGGAUAUUCUGCGACAGCGCGCACAGAAGAAGACGAACGCAGCUCGUGUAAAGCGUUAG